ACCCACGUGACUAGCUGACGGUGCCGAUCCGUUCUUCGCGCCCUCGGUUUGCUUCUUCCCCCCCACCACAGUGGCCCGAUUAAAUAAAAUUAUUACGAGUAACUAAUUUGUGUUCUCUUCCAAACCCUAGAUCUAACACCCUAGCCGUCAGAUCAGAUCAAUGGGGAGAUCUCUUCUCAACCGUUGGAGACAGCAAUGGUGGAUGUAGAAGAAGCGCAUUUGUUGGGGUAUCCAAAGAUUAUCGUAUCCUCGACUAGGCUCUGUCUGUUUUUUUUUUCUCUCCUUCAUCUUGAUGGCCAAUAAUUCGAAUAUCCUCUAGCUAUAUUUUUUUUGUUAUUUCGGUGGUGGUGGUGAUGUGUGAUUUGGUCGCGCGUACGGGUCGGCUCCAGCAACGGUACAAGGAUGGUUCGCGUCUCAUUGCCGGAUGUAUUCCGUUUAGGUAUAUAAAAGAUGGUAACUCUGAAUCUGGGAAAGUUGUUCAAGUGUUGAUGAUCAGCUCUUCUAGUGGACCUGGACUUUUGUUUCCCAAGGGUGGAUGGGAGAAUGAUGAGACUGUCAAAGAAGCUGCGGUUAGGGAAGCUGUGGAAGAAGCAGGAGUCCGUGGCAUUUUGAUGGAUUUCUUGGGAGAUUAUGAGUUCAAGAGCAAAACACACCAAGAUGAGUUUAGCCCUGAAGGUUUAUGUAAAGCGGCAAUGUACGCCUUGUAUGUCAAGGAAGAGCUAGAGACGUGGCCGGAACAGGAGACGAGAACAAGGACAUGGCUGACUAUUGGAGAAGCUGUGGAGAGUUGCAGGCACGCUUGGAUGAAAGACGCGUUGGUCGAAGGAUUCUGUAAAUGGCAUAAGGAGAAGAUGGGUAAAGGAGAUGAAGAUUGAAGCUCUGAAGUUAGUUUCCUUCCUUUCGAUUAUGUUUUUUUUGUAACUCUGAAGUUGGGUUUCAUUUCCUUCUCACUUUUCAUCAUUAACAAUGUCAAUGCUGUAACAUUUUUUUAGAGUUCUGAACAAAAGAUAUAUAUUUACCUUUAUAACGUUUUGACUAUUAAAAAAAAAGAAAAAUUGGAUACAACGAAUUAGACCGGUUCAGCCAAACCGGGAUCAUAUGCUUUAUUUUUUAAACAUGUCCAUCAAAGGGCCACCUUGCUGAUAACUCCAAAACUUCACAUCAAUAAAGCAUUAUAUGACUAAUUAUGGUUGACUAGGGUCGGUGCAGCGAGGAUUACAUGUUUAAUAAAAGUCUGGUUAAUUAAAAUUGGUAGUUUUGAAGUUUCCAAAAGGGCAAGUUAAUUUUUGUAUUUUUUUUUAUAAUGGGGAGACGUUGGAAGCGGUGAUAAUUAUCUUUUAUAAAAACAUAGUAAGUUUGAGUAAAUAAUUUUGUUGAGGACUGGUGGCGUUUGCUAUGAGGCUUAGGAUAGCAGUUUAUUCCUCUUUUGGAAGCGUUGAAUGAUAUCAAUUUCGUUGUUAAAGUAGAAGCGCGUUCCAGGUGUUGCUGUGAGGGAUAGUUUUCCUGGAAAAGUCAUAUAUUUGUUAGCAU